AUAAGUUCAGCAUAAACUGAAUUUCACUUAAAAUUGCCUCAUGCAGUGAUAUAUGGAAGCAAAGCAAAAGGGCCUUUGGAGGUAGUAAGAAAAUGGACAUACACACAAGACUUAUGAAGAGAUACAAAUCAGUCCCCAUGUGGUGGUUUCUCAUCAUCUUAGUGGUGAACAUUGCUCUUAUUUUGUUUACUUCUGUGUACUACAAGACAUCAUUUCAGUUGCCAUGGUGGGGUAUACUACUAGCAUGUGCAAUUUCCGUUUUCUUCACUCUUCCUAUUGGUAUAAUUUCAGCCACUACAAAUCAGCAACCGGGUUUGAACGUCAUAACAGAAUACCUCAUUGGCUACAUGUAUCCAGGGCGCCCUGUUGCCAACAUGUGCUUCAAGGUGUAUGGUUACAUUAGCAUGGUUCAAGCACUAACCUUCUUGCAAGACUUCAAACUUGGUCACUACAUGAAGAUUCCUCCAAGAAUAAUGUUUAUGGCACAGGUAAUGCUGAUUUUUCUUGUAAUGUUUCCUGAACCCUCAAGUUCAGCUAACAUUCUCAUUAUGGAUGAGGCAAAUCUCGUUCUCUUGGGAGUGUACGACAAUGACUAG